ACAUAUUUUUACUGAUAUCGCCCUACGUUAUUCUCUUUUGUCGGCGACUGUGUGAGCUACUUGAAGCGAACAUUGCAGUUCAAGGGCUUUCUUCCGGUGUUUGAUAUGAAGUCAGCGGCUUUGAAGUCACAGGCCAAAUGGAGUUUACAGAAUUUGUAUUAUAUACGUUGGUUAUGCGUGAGGAAUGAAGACUCAAAAGUCAACGGCUGAAUAAUACUUUAGUAAUACAUUUGUUUUCAAGACAGAUUUCUUGAAAGAGGGAUAAAUCAACAGUGCUAAAAAAAAAUAAACUGAAACAGAGAGGAAAAUUGUUAUUCCUGGAAACUAGAAAAUCGCAAGUUAUCAACAAUGAACGAAACCACAACAGAGAUCGCAAGUGAGUUGAUCAACAUCACGAGCGAAGCGGGAUGCACGCGAGAAGUGUUAGAUUUCGAACCGUCGGCUACAGAGUUUCUGGAAGCGCUGGGCAUCGCGGGCUGGGUGUUGCUGGGCAUGGCGACUGUCGCCUUCGUGACGCUGGUCGGCCUCCUGGUGGACACCGUGCGCCACGUGGUGCGCCACUGUCACCCGCGCCACAAGGCCACCACCUGCGUCGUGCUCUCCGUAUACCCGGUCAUCGGGCUGUGCAGUUACUUGGGCUUGUUAUUCCAAAAGGCUAACAUGUUUCUGGACGCGACAGCUCAGCUGUGGUUCGCGCUGUGCAUGUGGCAGUUCCUCCAGCUGACGCUCUCCUACUUCGGCGGCGAGUCUCGCUUCGUCAGGAAGAUGGAGGGGACAAUGCUGCCCUGGAAGGGGCCGCCCUGCUGCUGCUGGCCCUGCUGCAUCUGCUGCCCCAAGGCCACGGUCAUCAAACCACAGAUCCGGAUGGUGAAGAUUCUGGUGAUGCAGCAUCCUUGGGUCCAGCUCAUCAUCUCCAUCUUCCAAGUCACGCUCUGGAUCGAGGGCUGGUCAGUUGGAUCUUCCUCUUGUGGGCUGCGAAAGCUUCCUUUUUGCGAUCAGGAGAUUCCCUUGACAAGCAGUUCGUGAUGAUUUAUUGCUCAAGCCAAAACAUUGAUUAUACCAUAUUAACGCAUAGUCUUUCAUCCCUAUUAUGGUAGAUAAUAGGUAUCCAUCUCCUCCAGUAAUAUGAUAGAUAGAAAGAAGGUCAGAUAGAAACCAUCAGAUGCCAUUCUUGAGUGAGCUCGACCAGUGUUUUGAGUAAACAUCUUAGUAGUACCUAAAUGUGUCUUCUGUACGCGUUAAAUUAAUUCUAGAUUUAAGUUAAUCCAAAUCCACGGUACUUUCAC